AUGCAUUCCUCGCCAUACCGUUCUCCCGCCGCUCGGCCCUUGAUGCUGGGCUUGGCAAAAAUACUUUUCCUCGCCAUCUCACAACUUCCAUUCGCGACCGCAGCGCCCGCGCUUUCCCCCCUCUUUAUCUCAUCCGAGGCAGAACCACCAAAGGAACCCAGCGACCCGAGUCUAUGGCUCUAUCUGGGAGUGUCAGCCGCCCUCGUUCUCAGCGGUGGAGCGUUUGCUGGAUUGACAAUUGCCUUGAUGGGACAGGAUGAAGUCUAUCUCCAGGUCAUCAAAACCUCCGGCGAAGGCUCCGAAAGGAAAAAUGCCACUAGUGUUCUCAACCUCCUGAACCACGGAAAACAUUGGGUUCUUGUCACUCUUCUCCUCAGCAAUGUGAUCACAAACGAAACAUUACCUAUCGUCCUAGACCGAACACUAGGUGGUGGUUGGCCUGCUGUUCUAGGAAGUACAGCAUUGAUCGUCAUCUUCGGCGAGAUUGUUCCGCAGUCAAUAUGUGUUCGUUAUGGUCUUCCCAUUGGUGCCUGGAUGGCUCCUUGUGUCCUGGUUUUGAUGUACAUUAUGUCACCAGUGGCCUGGCCUAUCGCAAAACUGCUGGACCGACUGCUUGGCGAGGAUCAUGGCACCAUCUACAAAAAGGCCGGCCUUAAGACCCUUGUCACUCUUCACAAAACCCUGGGUGAGGCAGGUGAACAACUAAAUUCCGACGAGGUUACCAUCAUCAGCGCUGUCCUCGACUUGAAAGAAAAGUCAGUCGGCUCAAUCAUGACCCCUAUGGAAGAUGUCUUUACUAUGUCUGCAGACACCGUGCUGGAUGAGCACACCAUGGAUUUGAUCCUUUCUCAGGGAUACUCUCGCAUCCCCAUCCAUGCCCCCGAUAACCCCAUGAACUUCGUCGGCAUGCUCCUUGUCAAAAUGCUGAUCACAUAUGAUCCCGAGGACUGCAAACGAGUUCGCGACUUUGCUCUGGCCACACUCCCUGAAACACGACCAGAAACUAGCUGUCUUGACAUUGUUAAUUUCUUCCAAGAAGGCAAGUCCCACAUGGUACUUGUCUCUGAAUAUCCCAGUGAGGAUCGUGGCGCUCUUGGAGUUGUCACCUUGGAAGACGUGAUUGAAGAACUGAUUGGCGAAGAGAUCAUUGAUGAAUCUGAUGUCUUUAUUGAUGUCCACAAGGCUAUCCGAAGGAUGGCACCGGCCCCAAAAUCCCGUGUCCCCAAGGGCAAAAUCAUUGAAGAACCUCCUCUCAAUGCCACUAUUGUCACAGACGGCGAUUUGAUUGAUGCUGACCCCGAAAAUCCCGCGUCAGCUCCCAAACAUUCCGAUAUGGUUCGUCGCCGAAGCUCUGUGGAAGCGCCUCUCCCCCGCUUCCAAUUACGCAAGGCAAACGGCGAGCACAACUCAAACAUGACAGAUAGAUGGGUGACCCAAAUGGGCACCACAGAUGAGAUUCGAGAGCACCUGAAGCAUCUCGGCCCGUCCAAUCUUGCCAGUCGUCCGCGUCAAACCCGAUACUCUGCUGUCAAAAUCAAACGCGGCAAUACCUCACCAUCCCGCUCCACGCAGGCAGAUUUCGAGUCUGCACACAGCGCAUCUGACUCUCCCAAUAUUCAAAACACAUCAACCGCUUAUCAAGGCGGUAUCGGCGCAGGCCUCCUCAACUCUGCCGGGCCAGACGCGAAGGAUGGCGCGCAUGCAUUGAAGCUUGGCUACGGCACAAUGUCUUCAAAUGACGCUAUGAGCAAAGGCACAAGUGCACAGCAAUACAAAGACCUCCCCCACGUUUCCAUUCCCGAGGCAGUCAACGAAGAGCAGGAAGAUCAACCUCCUUCAGCUUCGACAGGAAAGGGCAGCAGUGGCAAUGACAGCAUUCGCUCAACCGAUUCUCCUACUGGUUUCCCCUACCAUCGCCGCGGGCCCGCUCGCAGUGGUAGUAUAACCGAGCAAAUAGUGGACGUCAACGGCAUUCGCAAAGUCGUCCUCCACGCCAAUGGCACGAGUUCCUCGGACAGUGAACCCCGCCCUCAGCCAGAAUCUGAACAUACCGAUUCUGCGGCCACGAAAUCAAAAAAGAAGCGCCGUCGCAAGAAGCGCGGAAACAACAAGACCGAUGACGGCCCUUCCGAGGAGCAACCGUUACUCCAAGUAUGA